AUGUCGACAACGGCCGCAGCCAACAGUGGCUUCCAACUCGGAGCAGGAGACAUUACCAUCACACUUCCAAGCGAGAAGUCUCUUCUUUACAUCAUUACGGCAAUUUUCUUCGUCCUAGCAUUGAAUGUGCUGAGACCAGAUGGCUCCAAAUUACCACAUUUCAACCCCAGGAAACCUUUCGAGUUCACCGAUUUUCGACGCAUCAAGGAGUUCAUGGAGCAUGGCAUAGAGAUGACGAAAGAGGCCAAGCUAAAAUAUGGCGACAACCCGUACAGGAUGUUCACGGCUGAAGGUGACGUGGUGGUUUUGCCGUCGCGCUACACCAAUGAGAUCGCGGCCGCCGCUAAUACGCAGGUAGAUUCCUCUGAAAGGGGCCAAGACGAUACGCACAACUAUAUCCCGGGCUACGAACCCUUUGACUUCCCCACACAGGAAAUAGUUGCUGUUAUCAACCGACACUUGACUAAAGUACUCGGCAAGCUCACGCCGGCUCUUAGCUUUGAAGCACAAGAGGCCAUCAGGGAUGCCUUUACAGAAAACCGGGAAUGGCACGAGAUAAACCCCAGCGAGUUGGUUCUCCCCAUGGUGUCUCGAGUAUCAUCCCGCAUCUUCAUGGGUGAGCAAAUGUGCCGCAACAAAGACUGGGUGGCCGAAUCCUCCAAGUACGCUGCUCUCAGUUUCGGCGUAGGACACAUACUUCGUGGCUUGCCCCGGUUUACGCGUCCGAUCGUACACUGGUUUAUGCCAGGUGCCUGGGCAGUUCGCCGCCAGCUCAACGUGUGCCGGAAAAUGCUCGCUCCUGUCGUUGCCAAUCGCAAAGCACAGAUUGCACAGGCCGUGGCUGACGGUAGGGAGCCGCCUGUCUUCGACGAUGCCAUGAGCUGGUUUGAAGGAAUUUUCCCUACCGGGUAUGACCCGGCCGUGUCGCAGAUCACCUUGUCGGUCCUUGCCAUUCAUACCACCUCGGAUUUGCUUCUACACACCAUGGUGACCAUGGCACAACACCCUGAGAUCUUCGAGCCGAUGCGUGAAGAAGUCAGACAGGUGCUUGGUAGCGAGACCUGCAUCAAGAAGACGGCACUUUACGACAUGAAGCUUAUGGACAGUGUUUUCAAGGAGUGCCAGAGGGUGAAGCCAAUCCUAAUAUGGCCCAUCCGCCGCCAGGCCAAACAAGAUAUCAAGUUGUCAGAUGGCUUCGUCAUCCGCAAGGGCGAAAAGAUCAACCUCGACAUUACCGGAAUUUGGGACCCUGAGGUCUUCGAGAAUGCGAAUGAAUUCGACCCUUACCGUUACGUGCGCUGGCGCGAGACGCCCGGUCUGGAGCGCCGCGCACAGUUGGUAAUGACGAGUCCCGAGAUGCCGUUGUUUGGUCACGGCCCACACGCCUGCCCUGGUCGCUUCUUCGCCGCCAAUGAGGUCAAGAUCAUGAUGACAUAUCUGUUGCUUCACUACGAGUGGAAGCUGGCUCCGGGUUGUUCUGGGAACCCAUUGUUCGUGGGAUCAACUCCUGUGCCAGACCCUACGACUAGGCUGCUGAUAAGGAAGUUGGACAAUUAA